AUGAGGAUUACAGGACGCUGCCAGACUGCCGAAGAAAUUGCUCGACAGCUUCAACUUGCUCUGCUGAAAGUCCACCGGCUUGAACGGGACCUCAAGCCGCUUGUGGCCUCUCUGGGUAGACCAGGCGCAACGCAUGAAACCAUCUUCAGAAGCGAGGACAUUGACUACGUCGCUCAGCUGACAGAGUCUGUCAUUGUGUCUGAAGAUGAUGGGGUGCUCGCUAUCUACGGUUUAAAUCGAAUUGGUACGCAGAAUGCUCACCGACUGCUCCUCGCACUUCUGGAUCAACCUCACGGAUCCUUCAACGAAUUCGCUUCGAUAGCGGACGAUCUUAUCAGCUCCACUGUCGAUCUACCCGUGGGUAGUCCAACUGUUGGCGUGCAUCGGCGGUACCACGGCCUCGAGUUGUUGCGUACUGUCAGGCCUAGGGUCCUCAAGACAGAUCAGUCGGAUGAUGCUACUGCUUCUGCAUCUGCUAAUAUCGACAAUCUUGCAACCUCCUUGUCGCAGCAGUUGGAUCGAGUAGUCCCGCUACGCCUCCCUAGCACUAUCGCCGAACCCAGUGAUUCUUACUGGCGCGGACAAGGUGUCGCGAGUGCCUGGAAAGCGAAGUUUUGCACGCUUUUGCACCCAAAAGACCAAGAUCAGAUGCCUGCGAGCAACGCGAAGGCUUCGUCUCGCCCUCAGACCAUCAUUCAACAUGCGGCUCCUUGCCCCGAACAUCUUCUCUCUCACUUCCAAGCCUCGAAGAAUUCGGGCUCAUCACCCUCUUCUGGCAAGAUCUCUUCUGGGAAGUACAACCUCUCGGGAGAGAUGUUACCUUACUUGAAGGUUCAUCUGAAGCCCUUUCCGCAGAAGCCAGACUCUGCUACAGUGUUACCACGUCUAGAAAUGCGUUUCCGCUUUCUAGCAUCAAAAGUCAACGCGGGGUCGCGUAAGCUCAUAUUGACUGGCAUGCAAGCCGUCAUCGACGAGCAGCGUUUAUCUGUUCCGCUGCCAGGCUACGCGACUGAUCUGCAAUUUACUAGACAAAGCAAAUUGCUGGCCAAUAUUGACGCGGUCAAAGUUGACCCGAGCAUCUUGAGAUUCAUAAAGCACUUGCAGCAGUCGGCACGUAUCGAUAAGGGCUCUUUAACAGCGCCCGCUGAGCUGUCAAUCAAGCUACCCUCAUGGCUCGGAGGGUCCAAAGAGCCUGAUGUUUCGAGCGCGAGCCAGGAUCAUGCAACCACAUACCUCUUUGAGAGAUUUGAGCAGAUCCAGGAAAUACAUUUCACGCCACAAAAAAGUGGAGAGCAAGCCCAAGCAAUGGAUGUGAAUGUUAAUUCUACCCUGGAGGCUCUGCCGGGCCACAUUCGUCUCAAGUACAGAGAAGUCGAGGGUGGCGCAAUAUACGGAAACACUACCCAUCUGUCACUUGAUUUUGGGCGAAAGCAGAGGAUCGACGAGCCUAGUGAAACUGAGGAGGAGUCCACGCAUGCGAUGCCUCCUGCUAUCUCUACAUUAGAUCUAGCGGGCGCAGCACUUCGAAUCGCAGAACUUCUGACAUGCUCCAGCGCCGGGACUUCAAAGCACAAUGGCGAGACGGCGAAGGAUUGA